UCUCUGUCUCUCUAUCUCUCUCUCUCUGUCUUUCAAAAAUUUGCUACCUUUGUUGGUCAUCUUCAUCAUCAAAUCUCCUUGACACUCCCAUUUCUGUUUCUGGUUUUUGUUUUUCAGAAACAAUUAAACAAAAAAAAAAAAAGAAAAAAGAAAGAAAACGAUUCCAAAGCAGACCAAAUUGAUCACAACUUUACCAGAGGCUAAAGGAAAAUAGGUGAAUCUUUGCUAUGGCAGAAGAAACCCAAGUGGGUGUAGAAAUCCCUGUGACAAAGACUGUUGAAGAUGCUGAGGGCAAUGCUGAUGCCAUUAAGGUAAUAAAUGGAGACUUUGUAGCAGGAGAAAAGGAAGGAAAGAAAGAAGAGGAAGAAACUGCUUUCGAUGGAGAAUUUAUAAAAAUUGAGAAGGAAUCUCUAGAUGUGAAGGAUGGUUCUCGUACUACUGAAGUAGCAUCUGCGGAGGACAACAAAUCAUCUGUUUUUGAGAGAAGCUCAAGCAAUUCAAGCAGAGAAUUACUUGAAGCUCAAGAAAAGUUGAGAGAGCUUGAAGUCGAGAUUGAGAGAUUAGCUGGAGUAUUGAAGCAUUCAGAGUUGGAGAAUUCUCAGCUGAAGAGUGAGGUCUCAAUUACAAAGGAGAAGCUGGAAGAAAGCGGAGUGAAAUAUGAAGAUCUUCAACUCAAGAAUAAGAAAUUGCAAGAGCAGAUCAUUGAAGCUGAAGAGAAAUACAGUUCACAGCUCAGUACAUUGCAAGAGGCACUGCAAGCUCAAGAAGUGAAGCAUAAGGAGUUGGUUGGGGUGAAGGAAGCAUUUGAUGGUCUGAGCCUCGAGAUUGAGAGCUCAAGAAAGCGGAUGCAGGAGCUGGAACAAGAGCUACAAAAUUCUGUAAGUGAGGCUCAGAAGUUUGAGGAGCUGCACAAGCAAAGUGGUUCACAUGCUGAAUCUGAGACAAAGCGGGCCUUAGAGUUUGAGAAACUGCUUGAAGUUGCAAAAUUGAAUGCGAAAGAGACAGAAGGUCAGUUGGCUUCCCUACAAGAAGAAAUUAAGGGUUUGUAUGAAAAGAUCACUGAAAAUGCAAAGGUUGAGGAAGCACUUCAGUCUACAACCGCAGAGCUUUCUGCAGUCCAAGAGGAGCUGGCUCUUACAAAAUCUCAGGUGCUUGACUUGGAGCAAAGACUCUCUUCGAAGGAAGCUCUUAUCAAUGAGCUGACUCAGGAUUUGGACCAGCAAAAGCUUUCGGAGUCUCAGGCGAAGGAGGAUAUUUCAGCUCUUGAAAUUUUGGCUGCUUCAACUAAAGAAGAACUUCAAGCAAAGGUUGCUGAAUUGGAAGAAAUCAAGUCAAAGCUGCAGGAGGAAGUCAGUGCCAGGGAAUUGGUUGAAGCUGCACUUAAAACUCAUGAAGAUCAAGUCUCAAUUGGGCAAGAGGAGUUGGCUAAAGUGGUUAAAGAAAAAGAGGCUUUUGAAGCAGCUGUGGCAGAUCUGACCAGUCAUGCAGAGAAGCUGAAGGAGACAUGCAGUGAUCUCGAGGAAAAAUUGAAGGUUUCUGAUGAUAAUUUCUGCAAAGCAGAUUCUCUUUUGUCUCAAGCUUUGUCGAACAAUCAAGAGCUCGAGCAGAAGCUGAAGUCUCUAGAAGAGCUCCAUACUGAAUCAGGAACUGCUGCGGCAACUGUUACACAAAAGAAUCUUGAGCUUGAAGAUAUUGUCCGAUCCUCUAAUGCAGCUGUAGAAGAGGCAAAAUCACAACUGAGAGAGUUUGAAACACGCUUUAUAGAGGCAGAACAAAAGAAUGUGGAGCUUGAACAACAGUUGAACUUGGUAGAACUUAAGAGCAAUGAUGCUGAGAGAGAACUGAAAGAAUUUGCUGAGAAGGUUUCUGAACUUAAUACAACAUUGGGAGAGAUUGAGGAAGAAAAGAAACAGCUGAAUGGUCAAAUACAAGAAUACCAGGAGAAAAUAACCGAGCUCGAAUCGUCCUUAAAUCUGUCAAAAUCAAGGAACUCAGAGCUUGAGGAGGAGUUAAAGAUUGCCACUGGGAAGUGUUCUGAACAUGAAGAAAGAGCCAGUAUGAACCACCAAAGGAGCCUUGAACUAGAAGAUUUGAUCCAGAUAUCUCAUUCCAAAGUGGAGGGUGCUGGUAAAAAAGUGAGUGAGUUGGAGUUGUUAUUGGAAGCAGAGAAGUACAGAAUUCAGGAACUCGAGGAACAGAUAAGCACGUUAGAAAAGAAGUAUUCGGAUGCAGAAGCAGAUUCCAAGAAGCAGUCUGACGAGGCAUCUGAACUUGCAUCUGAACUUGAGGCAUUGCAAGCAAGAGCAUCAAGCCUCGAAAUUGCACUGCAAGUUGCCAAUAACAAGGAAACGGAGUUGACAGAAUCCUUGAAUAUUGCAAUAGAUGAGAAGAAAAGGUUAGAAGAUGCAUUAAACAGUUCCAGUGAGAAGCUUGCUGAAGCAGAGAAUCUAUUGGAAGUUUUGAGGAAUGAAUUGAGUCUUACACAAGAGAAACUGGAAAGCAUUGAAAAUGAUCUAAAGGGUAGUGGAGUGAGAGAAAAUGAGGUAAUAGAGAAGCUCAAAAUUGCAGAGGAGCAAUUGGAACACCAAGGAAGACUGAUUGAGGAAAGUACUGCAAGAAGAUCGGAGCUUGAACUUCUACAUGAAUCCCUAAAAAGAGAUUCUGAAAUUAAGCUUCAGGAAGCAGUAGCAAAUUUUAAUACCAGGGAUUCAGAGGCAAGUUCCCUGUCUGAGAAACUGAAGAUUCUUGAAGAUCAAGUAAAGAUAUAUGAAGAGCAGGUAGCUGAAGCAUCGCAGAAAUCUGCAUCAUUUACAGAAGAAUUAGAACAGACUUUGAAGAAACUGGCUGGAGCAGAAAGUGCAAAUGAAGAGCUCAGAAGACAGAUCUUGGAAGCUGAAAAUAAAGCUUCUCAGUCUUUGUCCGAAAAUGAACUGUUAGUUGAGACUAAUAUUCAGCUCAAAAGCAAGAUUGAUGAGCUUCAGGAAUUGCUAAACUCUACUCUUUCUGAGAAGGAAAUGACUUCUCAACAACUUGAAUCUCACAAGAGUACUAUUGCAGAAUUAACAGAUAAACACUCAAGAGCCUAUGAGCUUCACUCUGCUACUGAAGCCCGCGUUGUGGAAGCAGAUACGCAACUGCAGGAUGCUAUUCAGAAAUUCACUCAGAAAGAUUUGGAAGCCAAUGAAUUGAUUGAGACUAAUAUUCACCUCAAAAGCAAAAUUGACGACCUUCAGGGAUUGCUAAACUCUACUCUUUCUGAGAAGGAAAUGACUGCUCAACAACUUGAAUCUCACAAGAGCAUUAUUGCAGCAUUAACAGAUAAACACUCAAGAGCCUAUGAGCUUCACUCUGCUACUGAAGCCCGUGUUGUGGAAGCAGAAACGCAGCUGCAGGAUGCUAUUCAGAGAUAUACAAAGAAAGAUUUGGAAGCCAAUGAAUUGAUUGAGAAGCUAAAUGUGCUAGAAGGCCAGUUAAGACUGCAUGAAGAACAGGUACAUGAAUCAUCUGCUAUUUCCGAAACUAGAAAAGUAGAGCUUGAAGAGACUUACUUGAAACUAAAACAUCUGGAACGUACCAUUGAGGAACUGCAAGCCAAGUCAGCUCACUUUGAAAAGGAGAGCAGAGAGCUAGCCGAGGCAAAUUUGAAGCUUACACAGGAAGUAGCCGAGUAUGAGACCAAAUUGAGUGAUUUACAAACAAAACUGUCAACAGCCCUUGUUGAGAAAGAUGAAACAGUUGAACAUCUUCACACUUCAAGGAAGACUAUUGAGGACCUAAGUCAGCAGCUUACUUCUGAUGGGCAGAGAUUACAAUCACAGAUAUCUUCGGUUAUGGAUGAGAACCAACUGCUUAAUGAAACAUAUCAGAAUGCCAAAAAUGAACUUCAGUCAGUGAUACUUCAGCUUGAAGGACAAUUGAAAGACAACAAAUCAAAUGAAGUUGCUUUAAAGUCUGAGAAUGAAAAUCUCAAGGUUGAGAUUGCUGAGAAAUCUUUGUUACAAACUCGUCUAAAAGAACUUGAAGAACAAUUGGUAAAAACUGAAGCUCGGCUGAAAGAAGAGGUUGAAAGGAUCCAGGCAGCUGCUGCUGAAAAAGAAGCAGAAUUGACAUUGCAAUUGUCCAAACAUGCUAUUAAAGUGCAAGAUAGAAAUGUAUUAGAUGAACAAGUGCAACAACUUCAAAGAGACUUACUACUUGCCCAGACCACGAUUGCUGAACAGAAAGAAGCAGACUCUUCAAGAAGCUUGGAACAAGAAGCCUCAAAAAAGCAUUCUCUUGAAGAGCUUGAAGCUAAGAACAAUAAAAUCACAAUUCUCGAGAAACAAGUCAAGGAGUUUGAGCAGAAACUGCAGCUGGCUGAUGCCAAAUUAACCGAAAAGGGUGACGGAGGCAGUGCUGCCGAACUGAAGGAUGGAUUGGAUGUUAAAUCCAGGGACAUUGGAUCAACCAUUUCAACCCCAUCAAAAAGGAAGAGUAAGAAAAAGUUAGAAGCAACGACUGCUCAAGCAUCAUCUUCUUCAGGAACCCAGACCCAAACUGCCGAGGCUUCUCAUUUGAUGACUGUCAAGGUGAUCUUGGGAGUAGCUCUGGUUUCUGUGAUCAUUGGCAUCAUUCUUGGGAAACGAUAUUAGAUUCUUUACCUUGGUUCUUGGUCUUGCCCUCAGGUUUUUGUUGGUGUCUUGGUUUUUUGUUGUCAUAUAAAUUAUGCAGAGCAGUUUUGAAAGCCUGUUUCUAUGCUUCCGAGGUAAAGCUUUUGAGGUUGGUUAGGGAACUUGUUUUAAUUUCUCUCCCUUACCUGUUUGCAAAGCCAAAUUACAGCUGAGUCAUGUAUAAUCCAUGUUUAUAUCUAGAUCAUUGAUUGGGUUGCAGUGCUUCAGAUUUCUAUUCUUUGUAAAUCUGUGAAGCUAUAAUUAGAUUGACUUAUUUUGUCAUUUUAA